CGUUGCCCCCUCCCGGCAGGUUUGCCUUCUGCUCAGCUCUCCUCUGCACACCGAGCUGGAUGUCCGGACACUUGCUGCGCUGCUCUUAAUGAUCAGGAGGCACCGCGGGAGCAGGAAGGAGAAGCACAGCGACGACGCACAUGGCUGGAUGACAUGAUGUUCCAACCCUUUUCCCCUCCUCCCUCCACCUCUUUUUGUCCUGUUUUCCUUCUACUCCUCUUCCUCUGUCUUUCCCUCAUUUCCUCUUCCCUUCCCCAACCGCCGUUGAGCUGGAAUUCACCUAAUGACCCCUGCUACCACACAGUUGGCCGUCCGCGACACUGCCUGUCAGAGUUUAUCAAUGCUGCCUACGGGGUUCCAGUCAACGUGAACCACUCGCUACAAGGAAAUGACUAUGACAGCCACAUCACCACCUUAACCGACCUCAACAAUCCCCACAACCUCACAUGUUGGAUGGCCGAUGCAGGUACUGACACAGGAGACUGGGUCCUUACCCUACCGCUGGGCCGCCGCUUUGAGAUCACAUACAUAAGUUUUCAGUUCUGUCACCAAAGGGAGCCAUUGGACCCCAUCUCCAUUUCCAUCCUCAAGUCGAUGGACUUUGGGCGCACCUGGAGGCCAAUGCAGCACUACUCCAGCGACUGCCUCAGGAACUUCAAGCUACCUUCACAAACAGUGGCCCAAACGAGACAUCAAGAAACAGAGCCCCUCUGCUCAGACCCACGCCCUCUACAGAAGCAGCGAGGAGGCAUGGUGUUGGCCUUCUCCACUCUGGAUGGACGGCCAUCCUCUCCUGAUUUUGACUAUAGCCCCACUCUCCAGGACUGGGUGACAGCCACCGACAUUCGCGUGGUCUUCCAUAAGGUGUCCAGUGAGGUGAAGAUAGGCCACAUGGAUAAGACGGAAGAAGAAAGAUGGCUUGACCGUGGACACGACAUCAGAGAGGCUGGUGUUGUGAGAUGGAGAACGGACUUCAAGGAUCAGACUGGAGAUCAGGUGGACAAGUUAAACACAGAAAAUACACUGGCAUUUUUUGACAGGGAGACAAAAAACUCAGAGACAAGGGUGAGGAACAAAGGGGUUAGAAUAGAUAAGCAAGUCAGGAAGGGCCAUUAUAAAAGCUCAGGUCAAGAUGAAGACGGGCACAACGUCACCAGCAAGGAAGGGGGGGACAGUUUCAGCAUGGACACUCUCACUUCUCCUAAAAAGGGCGGGAAAGGCAGAGGGCGUGGCCGCAAGAAGGAAAACAAUCAUUGGCUGCCUUGCCCCAAUGGAGAUUGCAAUUGGACAGUUGAGGGGCGGAGCAGAAACAACAAAGGGCAGGAGCUGAGGAAACGGAGGAACAACAAUCACAAUACAAGGCCGAGGAAUCUGCAGGCGGCCCAACCUUCUGCUUUUAAGCCCCCCGGCCGAGCUCCUUUUGCCCUCUCGGACCUGCAGGUCGGGGGCAGGUGUAAAUGUAACGGACACGCUUCCAGGUGUCGCCGCGACGACACGGGUCGUGCAGUGUGUGUAUGCAAGCAUCACACAGCGGGGCCAGACUGUGAUGUGUGUGAGGACUUCUACUUUGACAGACCAUGGCAUCGAGCUACGCCCACUAACCCAAACCCCUGUGUUGCCUGUGAGUGUAACGGCCACUCCAACAAAUGCCGCUUCAGCAUGGAGGUGUUUCAGCAGUCGGGCCGGCGCAGUGGAGGCGUGUGUCAGAAGUGUCGCCACCACACGGCCGGACGCCACUGCCAGUACUGCCAGAAUGGAUACACCCGCAACCACAAAAAGCCGCUCAGCCACCGCAAAGCCUGCCAACCGUGUCAGUGCCAUCCUGUGGGGGCAGUGGGUGGCUGGUGUAACCAGACGUCUGGUCAGUGCCUGUGUCGACGAGGUGUGACCGGCCUCAGGUGUAACCGCUGUGCCCCAGGAUAUGAACAGGGGAAGUCUCCUUUACAGCCCUGCAUACGAAUUCCAGAAGUUGCUCCAACUCCAGUGUACCAACCUCAGUACAGCAUAGCGGAGGAGUGCGUUUCAUACUGCCAGCCUUCUCAGGUUAAAGUCAAGAUGAACUUGGAGACCUAUUGUCGAAAGAACUAUGUGCUGAAGGUGCAGGUGAAAGGUAUGGAGCGCUCAGGUCCCUGGUGGCAGUUUUCCAUCUUGGUGCAAGUCGUCUUCCGCACUGGGUCCCACGCCCGCAUUCGCAGGGGCUCUCAGUCCCUUUGGGUCCCUGACCGCGACCUUGGCUGCGGCUGCCCCGCCCUCCAGGUGGGUCGGACAGUCCUCCUGAUCGGAGCAGAUGAAGGAGAGCAGCCCUGGGUGCCAGAGGAGAAGCGCCUGGUGGCAGAUCGCUCUACUCUAGCCCUCCAGUGGCAGGAACACUGGAGCCCCAAACUCAGGGCUUUCCGGGGGCAGGACAAGAGGGGCCGCUGUCCACCAAAACAGGCAAACAACCACCAGCGCUACAGGGAAAACCCAAAACCUCAGUCUGGUUAUGUCCCCCCUCACUUGCUGACUGAGAAAGAUGUCGAGCCUCACGCUGCAAACACACACAAGACUGAAAGCACAGAAGUGCCGCACAUGUUCAAAGUUAAAUCCACUGAGGCGACACUACCCUCUUCUUCUUCACCCAAUCCAGUGUGUUCUACUCAAAACCCUUCAUGAAAACUUUAACAGUGAGAAGAUUUAAAGACUCAAAUUCUAUUAUAUUGAAAUUCUCAAAAAACAGAAGAACUACAAGGAGUAAAAUGUACAUUAUUCCAUUUUUUUGUCAGUGGACUUGACAAUCAGGUGAGAAGAAAGCUCAAAGAAACCCUUCAACACCGAAACACAUACCCACCUUUAGGUUUAUGUACAUUCUUAAGAGGUUAAUUAUUGCAUAAUGAGUUUUGCAGCAACAUAAAGUGGUAUCACUCAGUGAUGAUGAAUCUGUGAGACUAAAAUGGUGAAAUGUAAAAUGAAAGUAUCAUUAUUUUAAUAUUUCUACUAAGGAAAAUUCUGAAAAUUAAAGUCUGACUGAACUUUGAAAAAUGUCAAUUAGCAUUUUGUCUUGAAAAUCUAUAUUUAGAUCAUAUUUAUUUAUUGAAUUGUUUAGCUAAAGUGAAAAUAUUACAAUAAAUGACAUCAUAAAAGUAUUUACAAUAGUAAUUAACAUAAUGACAAAUGGUUUAGUUAAUGUGCAAAAAUGUGAUUGAUUUUUUUUUUUACUAGUAAAUAUUUUAUUGUAAAUUGCCCAUUAUACCAUUUUAGACUUUAUUUUUAAUUCACAUGUAAAUUUGGGAAAAGCAAAUACUGAAAAGUAAUCUCUGAAGCAAUUUCACUAAAUUAAAAUAACCGAGCAAAGUUGAAAGUCAUGUAGCUCACAUGGAUAAUUACAACAGAAUGUGUCUGUUAUGUAAAACCAUGCUGGAGACUGCAAAUUUGCAUUUAUUAUAAAUAACUAAUAUUUACUAUUACAUCGAUGCUGUAGUUUUACAGUUUAAAUCCAAAACUUUCAAAACUAAACAGAUUAAUUAAUACAUUAUUUAUUUAUUUUGCUGAACUACUUACAUUUGUUCCCCUUUAAUCAACUUGAAAUAUUUGCAGAAUAUGUAUAUCCCACGUAAAAGUAUAAUUUCAGUGUAUUUAUUUUUGUUAUUUCUGUCUGAUAUGGACAUCAGUUAAAAUAGCCUUCAUAACGUGUUGCUCAGAUUGUGUUUUUUUUUACCUUCAUGUAAGAAAAACAAAGCUGUGACACCACGAGUGCAUUGGGCAGCCGGGUUAGCACAGACAAGAUAUUAUUAUAUUAUUAAAUUCCAUUUUUAAAUUUGACAAAUAUCUUUACUCUUGCUUGUCUAAAAUAAUGAAAUUAAAAAACUGAAAACUGAAAUUUUUCAUUUAGGCUAAUUCAAUUUAGACAAAGAAAACUCAUUGAUUUUUAAAUUAAAACAUUUAAAUAAGAACACUUUAUUAUGUAUGUACAUAUAGUACAUUUCAAUUCUAAAAAUGUAAAAAAAAAAUUGCUUUAAUUUUCUUUUUGAGUUUCUUUCUUUCUUUUCGCAUGCAUUUCAGUAGUGGGAGACGAAAAACCUCACUGCACUCACACCUUUAAUUCAAACUGUACAAUGUUUGAUGAAAAGAGACUUUAUCUACAAUCUGUUCCCUCACUGGACAGCUGACACAAAGACCAAACUAACUUAACCUCAUUUUCUAGGAAUCCUCAGAUACACCAUAAGGAGCCCAGAUACGGAUCUAAAAAACAUCGGUCCAACCUGUCGUCAUGACUUCUGUUUCCAUUUGGGAGAUAUCGCGUCAUAGCCCAGGGGAAAUGGGGGGUGGUUGGAGGUUAUGAAGACAGAUGGAAGAGUUCCUAUUUGUUGAGCAGCCACCUUGUUUUGGUGGGACCUGUGUCAGCGAUUGGCUGUGCAGCUGUGGUGAAGGCUAUGAUUGAAAAUAAAGAGAGAAAAAUAGACUCGCUGACUGAUGACCUCGCAGCGGGACUGAACAUACAGUACACCGAAGAGUGUGUGAGACUGUUUUGGGGCCUCUUUUCCUUUUCUUAUGAGGUCCAAACAUCCGUGCAACCAGCUGGCAGCUUACCAUGCUAAUUAUGCUUCCAAACAAGCUGCUCAGAUGUCUUUAUACAGUAACCCAACAUGCAGCAUGUUUUCUGUACACUGUCUUUAAUCAUUUACCAGAAAAAAAACAUAGACUUAGUUUUAUACUUAUUCAAAUACAAACUCUUUUUUAACCACUUAGGGUGACCUUUGUAAGAAAUCAGUCAGAUUUAAGUGCACAUUCACAAUUCUGUACUUGUGAAGACCUUAAAUAUCUCAUUUUGACGGAUCUAUAUUCAUCACACAUAUUCUUCAACACCUUAAACUCAGUAAAUGGAAUGACAACAAUACUAUAAAUAUUACAUGAAAACAGCCAAAAAUGUCAGAAAUACAAAAAGAGAAAAUUUUAAUAAAGUUUAAUGUAAUCAUCUUUGGCAUUUUUACUGACCUAUAGUUUUUUCAAAAAAACAACUGUAGUCAUUUCAUAAUGUGUGUUGAUUCAGACCAUUCAUCUAAGUGUCUUUGACUAAUACUUUGAUGCUAGCUGGUGAUAAAAAAGCUCUCAAACAAUACAUAUAAAUGUUAAUUACACAAUAUGUGUGGAUAUGUGUACUGUGUGUACUAUGUAAAGUGUUUCAGAUAUAAACCGUAAAGAGAUGUAAUGUAUGGACCAUCUUUUUAGCAUCUUUCAGCUCACUGUUUUGUUUUUAAGGCGUUCAAUAUACUGUUUUGGUUCACUUUCACUGCUCUAAUUAGCACGCUUUCAACAGCAGGCAGCUGUUUUCAGUUUAAAAAAAUUCAAAACACAGCUGUACACUACCAGGAAAACAGCAGACAGAAAAACUUUGGCAAUUAACUGGCAAACACAGUGGAUCAUUUAGUAGCUAAAAACAGAUAUUGUCCUCAGGAGUUGGUGGAGACCAAAAUAUAGCUACAAGUAGAGUGAUUAUCAGGUGGAUGCAAACAUACUGCAAGUAAUUUCUUGGUAUUCUGUGUUUUUCAAAAUCCAGUGAAAGUGAUAAAUAACUCAUGUCAGGUUUGUGUUUCCAGCUUGCAAACAACAACAAAUUGUAGCAAAAACCAUCCAAUGUCACGUUUUCGUUUUGGCAGCUAAAAACAAGAAAAGGAGUUUCUGCACCCUGAAACACCAAACAACCCAAAACGAGAAGGGCACGGCUGUAAAAGUUAACAGUGCGUAACACACAAAUUAUGUGUGUGUGUCAGAGGAAAAAAGUGCAAGUCAACACAUGCACAAUCAUGUCUCGGUGUGUGUGCGUGUGUGUGUGAAGCACCUGCUGCGUUGCUGCAGGAAGCACCUGUCAGCAGUCGUCUCCGCGGUGCAGCCCCUGUCGACAUGAGGGUUUGAUCCCAAAACUCCCCAAACACACACACUUACACCGACACUAACAGACAACUUAAGCCAGUGGCUCGCUCUGCAGCAGGGGCUUCGCAUAGUCUGCGGCUUUGCUCCAGUUAAACUGACAACAUGUUCUUUUCUGAAGCGCUGUGGAUGGGGGUAGGCUCCCUGUUUUGGUGGCAUGUGGGAAAAAAGGAGAUCAGAUUCUUCUUCUGCAGAACGGGAAGCAGCAGUGUGUGUGUUUGUGAGCGUGUGGUAUUAUGUUUACAGCCUGCCGAGGGCACGUUUUACGAGAGGUGAUUCCUCCUGUGUUGCAGCCAGAGCCAAAGUUCAACUAGACUUCUUGCAAACACACCAAUUUGCUUUGUCCUCAAACACAUACACACACAUUUAACACUAUUCUCAUCCCGUCUACACACACACUCCAAAUUGUUGCCUCGCACCCAAGAGCUUAAGUCCAAGUUCAGAAAGUCACACUGUUUUCAGGAUGCACACACACAAAGACACGGAGGCUUCUGUUAACCUGAGAGGCAGAGGGUCAAUCCCUGUGAUCCUGCAGCCUACAUGCCUUCCAUACAGACAUGCCGCCGACACCGCAACCCGACUCCCGGCCAGAUUAGGACUAAUCAAGCAUGGCACAGCUCAGGGCAGCAACGGCAUGACACACACAUGUAGACAAACACAUGGAUAUACUGUACUACAAACAUGUGCCAACCCUUCCUCUUUAAAAUUUCUGAUCAAGUAUUUGCCAAAAAUAUGACCACAGAGAGAAAAAUUAUUUCUUGCAUCAAGUAUCAUUAUUAACAGUGCAUGCAACAUUUUAUAAUGUGGAUUUUGCUCCUUGUUUCGGUUUCAGUCUGUUAAAUUUCCUGGCAGUUUUUGAUAGUUCAGGUUUUAUAGGGUUAAUGCUUUCCUACAGAACAUAAAAUGUCUGAAAAUACACAAAUUCCACACCAGUGAGAGUCUAUCCCUCAGAAAACGCGGCUGCUGAAUUGAAAGGUCUAAUUUAAUGUCCAGGUUUGUCUUCCUUCACUUAUUUUUGGCACCAUGUAACAAAUGUGCAUGACACUCUUCCAGAAGUGAAUAGGAAACACCCGCAAACAAAGAAUGAGCAGCUGCUUCGUACUCUGACGCUUUUAUAUACUCUCCAGAUUCACUUCUGUAACUCAACAAGUUGUUGUUGAUAUGACUCUUGUUCAUUUCUGACAUCUGAGGAACUGAAGAUCCAGUGGAUUACUUUUAUUUUUGACAUCCUAACAACAGCAGAAAAUUCUUAGUGAUUGCAUGACGGGCAGCUGAUGCUACCAGUAGCAGGCCGGAGCAACACUGCAUGGAGAAAAGUCUCGAAAAUCGAGUCCCAUUGCAACAGUCAAGCACCUAUCUAUGCUGUCUGCCUUUACAAACAUUCGAGAAAGAAUGAGCCAUUUGAAUAUGAGCAACAAGUCAGUUUGUGAAAUUCUUCCUUAGUACACAUUUCAUGAUCAGCCAUGAGUGGUUUGAUUGCAAAGUGAAAGUGUUUAGGAACCACAGCAACUCAACCAUGAAGUUGUAGAGCAGGGUCACCGGGUGACUGGGUGGCUGGAGCUCCAAACCUCAUCUGUCCUUAACAUCAGCACAAAAAGUGUGCACCGGGAGUCAUGGUUUCCAUGGCUGAGCAGGUCCUGUUGGUGUAAUGUGCACUUUUUUUCCACACAAUAUUUGUGUAAACUGUAGUGUGCACAAUCAGAGUCUUUGAUACGAGUUUGAAACCAAAUAAAAAAAAAAUAUGA